AUGGUUUCUCCAGUGCCUUGUAUCACAUACUCGUCACCAUCAGUCACAUACUCGUCACCAUCAGUCACAUACUCUUCACUAUUAGUCACAUACUCCUCACCAUCAGUCACAUACUCUUCACUAUUAGUCACAUACUCGUCACCAUCAGGUUGUAUAGUGGCAGUGCCAUACAAUGUCACAUACUCGUCACCAUCAGUCACACACUCUUCACCAUCAGUCACAUACUCUUCACCAUCAGUCACAUACUCUUCACCAUCAGUCACAUACUCUUCACCAUCAGUCACAUACUCUUCACCAUCAGUCACAUACUCUUCACCAUCAGUUGGGCACGUUGUUGCAUGUGCACACAUUUCUUCUGUACUCUGGUACCUCAGUUUCGCCAGACAUCUACACCUACCAUAUGAACCUGGAAAGGACUGGAGCAUGUAUCUGAUGGAUGCUAAGAGCUUAGCACAACCAAAGCCAGUAGACGAAAGCGAUGACGAUUCCGUUGAGGAAUAA